AUGAAUGCAGAGAUCUUGAAUGAUGCAAUUGAGCUCAGACACGAACUCCAUACUAUGCCUGAACUUUCUGGCAAAGAAGUCAAAACGAAGAAGAGAUUAAUGGAAUUCUUGUCACAAAAAACUAAUUUAGAAAUAGUUGACCGUGGAUUUUGGUUCUAUGCUGUAUAUAAAGCACAAAAUCCUAAAGGAUCCAUUGCUUUCAGAGCCGAUUUUGAUGCAAUUGGAGUCACUGAAAAAACAAAUCUUCCAUAUUGCUCAAAGAAUCCAGAAGCUGCACAUAAAUGCGGACAUGAUGGACACAGUAGCACUCUUGCUGCGUUUGCACGUGUAAUUUCCCAAGAGGGAUCAGAUAAAGAUAUCUAUUUCAUUUUCCAGAACGCGGAAGAGACAGGAGAAGGUGGAGAACCAGCAUCCAUGCUAUUAGAAGAAAAAAGGAUCCAGAAUGUCUUCGCUGUUCACAAUUGUCCAGGAAUUAAAUUUGGAAAUUUAGGUUUGAUCAACGGAACAGUUAAUUGUGCUUCCAAAGGCUUGAUCAUCAAAUUCCAUGGCAUUCCUUCUCACGCAAGUGAGCCAGAGAAAGGAAGAAAUCCUUCUUUUGCCAUCGGCAAAACUGUUUUAGAAGUUGAUAAUUUUUUGCGAGAGAGAAACUUCAAAGGAAUAACGUUAGCCACAGUUAUUCAGAUCAAAGUCGGUGAGAGGACUUUCGGAGUGUCUGCCUUUGAGGGUGAAUUGCUUUACACAUUGAGAGGUGAGCAUGAAAAUGAGUACGAAGAAUUAGAAAAUAAAGUUAAAGAAUUUUGUGAAAAGAACGCUGAAGAAUAUGGUUUAACUGUUGAUUACUCAUACAGUGAACCAUUCCCUGCAACUGUUAACCAUGAUGAGAGUGUUGAUUUCUUGAGGAAACUUGCUAAAGAAGAAAAUUUCGAAGUCCAUGAAAUGAAAGAACCAAUCAGGGCUUCCGAAGAUUUCGGAUACUAUUUGAGGAAAACAAAAGGCGCUUUGAUAUGGAUUGGUGCUGGAGAGAAUCACCCAUCACUUCACAGUGCUGACUUUGACUUCAAUGACAAGUUAAUCCCUGUUGUCGUCAGACUUUUCAAAGCAAUUGUAGAUAAAAUUUAA